AUGUUGAGGGCAAGUGAAUAUGCCAGGAGAAAAGGAAGGGACAACGAGCAACCCACCAGAUCGCAGCCUCCGUGGUUUUUUGAUGGCUUGACAACCAGCACGUUUCUCCACGAUGAUGAUCUAGACGUGGUCGAGGAACAAGAAAAUACCCUGAAAGAUUUCAAAGUAGCAAAGUGUCCUUAUAGUCGCACAAUACGACAUCACUGGGCAGAUAUCCCGAGGAUCCAGAGCUGGCUGAAUGAUUGUGAAACGGGCCAUGGUGACAGCUGCAAUAAGCACCGUAGGUUUGACACUGACGCGGGAGAACUCCUCCUAGUAGAUGUUGUCGACGACUGUCUAACCGUAGCAAAUUUCGAGCACCGUUACUUUGCAUUGAGCUAUGUAUGGGGCACUUCGAAACAAUUCCUUACUCUCGUAGCGAAUUACGAGCAGUUGUGCAAGCCAGGGAGUCUCUCCGCACAACCGUUGACUCAGACGAUCAGGGACAGCAUAUAUUUUUGCAUCAUCCAAGACGACAAGGCCAAUAAGGCAAAAGCCAUCGCCCAAAUGUGCUCAAUAUACAGCAGGGCAGUGGCGACAAUCAUCUCUCUUAGUGGGACAUGUGCAGAUGCUGGACUGCCCGGAAUUCCACCUACAGCGCGGAACACGACAGCCAUGUACGUUUGUCCUGGGUUACACAUUGCACAGCGCUCCAUUCUCGACCAGAUGAUGAAGACUUACAACUACGACUCGGAAGACUGCGUGUACAAUACACGGGCUUGGACCUUUCAGGAACGAUUGCUCUCCAAUCGAAGCAUCAUCUUUGUAGAUGAGCAGGUGUACUUCCAUUGCAAACAGCAUCUAGUGUGUGAAGACCGAUGCAACAAAGACGACACGGACUUCUAUACCCUGGAUAACAUGCGCACAUCAAGCGUCAUGCUUCGGUCCAAAGCCGAAACAUACAGCCCUCUAGACGAAUUUCGCUGGUAUGAGCAAAUCGUAAUCGAGUAUACAACGAAGCGAAUGGGCUGGCCAGACGACAUCAUCAACGCAUUCACCGGCAUCCAAACCGAACUAUCAAACAUGUUCAACUGGACCUUCACAGCCGGCUUACCCACCUCACUACUAGAUCUCGCAUUACUCUGGACGCCAAUCUCCACCAUUGAACGGCGCCUCACCAGCUUCCAACAACCCAGCUGGAGCUGGUCCGGCUGGCUCGGCCGAAUCCGCUACACAGAUCUAAUCCGUCACGGCCACCGGCCCAUCACUCCCUUAUUCAAACCCCUAGGCACCAAAACCCUAGCCGAACCAGCCAAACUGGUUCUCAAUUGCCCCAGUAUCCACCUCUCCCCCUUCACCCUCGCAAAGACUCCAAACGCCCUCUUCGACCCCUUUGAAAGCAGUCUCAUCUCCCCAACCUCCUCCUUCCUCUUCGACAAACACAAUCGACGCUGCGGUAUCCUCAUCGGGUGGUGCGGCGACACAACAGAUUCGAACUGCCUCGGGCCUCUCCACCUUGUCCAGCUGUCCGCGUGGAAAACGAAUAAUAGUCUGAUGGUUAAUGGACCGCUCCUUGCGCAUCUCCAAGAUGAUGGCAAUCGAGUGGAGGAAAGACUGUUCGAUGACGCGUUUUCUGAUUUCGAAUGGUGUACGUAUAAUGUCAUGCUUGUUCGUCCAGUGGACGCGGUGGCAUACGAGCGAGUGGCCAUUGGGCAGAUUCACGUUGAUGCGUGGAGACAGGCGGGUGAGGCGCUGAAGGCUUUUGUGGUGCAAUAG